CAAACUGUUGGCGAUGCUGUCAGUACAUAUGGCUAACGCUGCGGUGCAGUACUUGCUCACAGAAUAAAGAGAUGUGGCAGCUCUAUGACAGCGUUAUGCUUUGCCAGGAGAAGUUUCAGGGGAAUGCAUAGCCACCACUUUACGGAAAAUUAAAAUACACGGAGUCUUUUGGGGGCCAUGCGUUUUCGCCGACAGUUGGCAGGCAGGUAUUUUCCUACAGCCAGGCGUCGCGCUGGGAAAGCAUCAUUUCACUUGGCACAGCCGCUGGCUGCUUAUUUAGCAUGGAUGCUAGCUAACUAGACGCACGUUUGUGUUUGUGAGCAGGCACAACAACAACAGGCAGCGUUAGAGGGCUUUUCUAUCUCAUGAAUUGUGAUUGCCCGUCUCAUGGGAGUAGACAGACGUCCCUCCAUAAGUGAAAACCUGCAGACAGAAACUCUGAAGUGAUUGGGAGGUGUUAGCUGACAUUUCCUUAACAAAAGCGGCACAGCUUGAUAUAUCCUUUUCAACUCGGCAUUAAUGUGGCGUAUUUGAAAUGCUGCAUCCUUAAUCCUGCGUUUUGGCUUGCAGACACGUAAAGAAACUUUGGCCAUAGCCUGUGAGGUGUGAAGGAUGUGGACCAGCUGCUCUGACAGAGGAUCUACCCAGGACUGUGUCUCCUCACCUGCCGUGUGUGGUUGUGGUCGGAGCAGAGCUGUGGACCCAGGCCGCCCUCACACCUCCCUGCUCUCCUCACUAUGGGACUCCCAAGAUGCUCCUCUGUCCGACUGAGGACUGAACCGAGCCUCCACUGUACUCUACUGUAAACCUUUCAUGUGUGAGAGGCUGUUUGGACCAGCAGUGACCAGUCAUGACAAGGCACAUAUGCUGUCUGCUACCUCUUUAGUCAGAGGAAGUUUUUUUGAUGUGAACCCAGACAGAAGUGUUGAACAUCCUCAUGUGCAAAAUGUGUUAAAAUGCUGGUUCACAGGUGUUCUCACCACUAGGACCCUACGCCAGUACAUGAGCAGUAGAUGGACAUCUAUGGGACCUCAUCUUAGCUUCUUGUGGAUUAUUGAACGUAAUGUCAUCUGGGACAGACACCUGCACCACAUCAGUCCACUGUGCUCAUAUUUAGUCAGAGGAAUCAGUCUUUUAAUACUUUUGCUUGGAUAUCCACUCAGGGGCCCGCUGGUGGUCCCUGGAGUCAACUUUGAGAGCCACUAGUUUACAUUGUCUCCUCAGAGAAUUUAGACAAAAACGAAGUUUACCAAAAAUGUUCCUGUUUCUAUAACAAGAGAGAACUCUCUGGCCAUGCAUUAAAGACCCAACAGGAAGCCGACACAGUCACAGAGCCAUGCCUAUCAGCAAAAAAGACACAGCUCGAGCUUUGGGGCUUCUGGAGGAAUACUGCACUAAACUGAAGAAGCCUGAGGAGCAGCAGCUCAAGACUGCCAUCCACAGAGUGAUGGGGAUUUUCAAAACCAACCUGUUUGAAGCUCUUCUCGAUAUCCAGGAGUUCUAUGAAGUAACACUGUUAAACACACAGAAGAGCUGUGAGCAAAAGCUGGAGGAGGUCAACCACAUGGCAGACAAGUGGGAAAAGAGUGUUUCUGUACAGAACUCUGCCUGUCCAGUGGAGGAGCAGAGGGAGCAGAGCAGCUCAGAACCCAGUGGGGGAGAACAAAGAAAGAGCUUCAGCACCUCCGAGAACAGGCCACCAGCAGUACAGGGGUCGUCCCACAACGGCCAGACCCCACCCUGCAUGAACCCUGCCUUGAUGAACGCUCCCUGGCAGUACCACUACCAAGAAGAUGACUCACCGCAUCUUGACCAGGGAUUCCCGCGGCUCACAAACAAGGUGCGCGCUCCUGAGCUGGUGCACGUGUCUGAGAAGAACCUGUCCGAGAUCGAGAAUGUGCACGGCUACGUGUCCCAUUCCCACAUCUCUCCUCUCAAGCCUGCACUGGUUACCCGUUUUGAUCUUGCAUACCCGGGUGUGACCACAGCAAACUACAUGGCCAGUCCUGCUCCAAUAAUCGUCAACACAGACACUUUGGAGUCAGUUCCUUACGUCAAUGGCACAGAAAUUGAAUAUGAGUUUGAGGAAAUCACACUAGAGCGGGGUAACUCAGGUUUGGGCUUUAGCAUUGCUGGAGGGACAGACAAUCCACACAUUGGUGACGACCCUGGCAUCUUCAUCACCAAGAUCAUCCCUGGAGGAGCUGCAUCAGAGGAUGGACGUCUAAGGGUAAAUGACUGCAUCCUGCGCGUAAAUGAUUCAGACGUGUCUGAAGUCUCUCACAGUAAGGCCGUAGAAGCCCUGAAGGUUGCAGGUUCUAUUGUCCGUUUAUACGUGCGGCGCCGGAGGCCAAUGCUAGAGACCAUCAUUGAGAUUAAACUCAUAAAAGGACCAAAAGGACUUGGCUUCAGUAUUGCAGGUGGAGUUGGAAACCAGCACAUCCCUGGUGACAACAGCAUAUAUGUUACCAAAAUUAUUGAUGGCGGAGCAGCACAGAAGGAUGGCCAGCUACAAGUUGGAGACAGAUUAUUAAUGGUAAACAACUACAGUCUGGAGGAAGUUUCUCAUGAAGAGGCUGUGGCCAUUUUGAAGAACACGUUGGACAUAGUCUACUUAAAAGUGGGAAAGCCAUCCAGUGUCUACCUAUCAGAUCCCUAUGGGCCUCCUGAUAUCACACACUCUUUCUCUCCUGCCAUGGAAAAUCAUAUCUCUUCCCCUAUCAACAGUGGCAAUCUGGAGUACAAGUCGAGUCUACCCCCUAUCUCCCCCGGGAGUUAUUCCCCCCUCCCUAAGCACUUACUGGGGGAAGAAGAUAUAAACAGGUUGGAUGGUUUUUCCUUCCUACGAAAUCCCUCACUAGAUGAUGGGGAGGGACACAGGUUUGAUUCCCAGCACUUCCAGUUGAGGCCUCCUGAGCCAGUUUACAGCACUGUGAACAAACUAUGUGAAAAAGUGCCCUCCCCCCGACACUAUUCCCCUGUGGAGUUUGACAAAAGCCUCCUCCACUCUGUCCCCCUCCCUAGCUAUCACUUAAGCCUGUUUCCCGACUUGGACUUCACCAGGGAACCCAGGAAGGUCGUGCUCCACAAGGGUUCCACAGGCCUGGGCUUCAACAUCGUUGGGGGAGAAGAUGGUGAGGGCAUUUUUGUCUCCUUCAUCCUGGCAGGAGGCCCCGCUGACCUGAGCGGAGAACUGCGGCGUGGUGACCAGAUCUUAUCGGUUAAUGGCAUUGACCUACGAGGAGCUACGCAUGAACAAGCAGCAGCAGCACUGAAAGGAGCAGGACAGGUGGUCACCAUCUUUGCUCAGUACAGACCAGAAGAAUACGAGCGAUUUGAGGCUAAAAUCCAUGACCUGCGUGAACAGAUGAUGAACCAUAGCAUGAGCUCUGGAUCGGGAUCCCUCCGAACCAAUCAGAAGAGAUCGCUCUAUGUGAGGGUACUGUUUGACUAUGAGAAGUCAAAAGACAGCGGCCUCCCCAGUCAAGGGCUCAGCUUCAGGUAUGGGGACAUACUCCACGUCAUCAAUGCCUCAGAUGAUGAAUGGUGGCAGGCCCGCCGUGUUACUCCACAUGGAGACAGCGAGGAAAUUGGUGUCAUCCCAAGCAAGAGACGGGUGGAGAGAAAAGAGCGGGCGCGUCUAAAGACUGUGAAAUUCAAUGCCAAGCCAGGGUCAUUUGAUUCAAAAGGGUCAUUCACUGACAAACGUAAAAAGAAUUUCAUCUUUACACGAAAGUUCCCAUUCUACAAGAACAAAGAUGGUGAACAGGAUGGCAGUGAUUCAGACCGGAGUCAAGAUGAUGUGAUUCUCUCUUAUGAACCUGUGAUCCGGCAAGAAAUUAAUUAUGCCAGACCUGUGAUAAUUCUCGGACCGAUGAAGGACAGAAUCAACGAUGAUCUGAUAUCAGAGUUCCCAGAGAAGUUUGGGUCAUGUGUGCCACAUACCACUCGGCCAAAGAGGGACUACGAGAUGGACGGGCGAGACUAUCACUUUGUGAUGUCCAGAGAGCAAAUGGAGAAGGACAUCCAAGAGCACAAGUUCAUUGAGGCGGGACAGUACAAUGAUAAUCUGUAUGGAACAAGUGUCCAGUCUGUGAAAUAUGUGGCUGAGAGGGGUAAACAUUGCAUUCUGGAUGUAUCUGGAAAUGCCAUCAAAAGACUACAAGUAGCACAACUCUAUCCCAUUGCCAUCUUCAUAAAACCGAAGUCUAUUGAUUCACUAAUGGACAUGAAUAAGAGACUGACAGAGGACCAAGCCAGGAAGACAUUUGACAGGGCUAUGAAGCUGGAGCAAGAGUUUGGUGAAUCUUUCACAGCGUUGGUUCAAGGAGACACCUUAGAGGACAUUUAUAACCACUGCAAACAGGUCAUAGAGGAACAUUCAGGACCCUAUAUCUGGAUCCCCUCGAAGGAGAAACUAUAAUAACUCAUCACCCUGCAAGGGAGUCUGGACUGCUAGGAACUAGUAAUAAGCUGUAUCAUAUGGUAACUGUGUGGCGAUAAAUAGUCUUCAUAAAUACUUAUUGUGAAUAUGUUUUUUUUUUAAAUAUUAUUAUUAUUUUCUCUUUGUUUGGUUAUUGCUUCUUUUUUCACUCAACAUGAAUGUUCCUGAAUGUAAACCACAUAAUGUUAGAAAAUUUUAGGUCUUUAAUCAUGAACCGUUUGUAUAUUUGUUGAUUUUUUUUUUAAUUAUUUAAACAAAAUGGAAAGGAAAUGUAAUGAAAAUGAAAUAAAAUUGGGGGUAUGUGUCCA